AUGUUGCCAUCCGCAAGCAAGCCGGCUGCCUCCUUCUCCUCCUUCUUUCUUCCAAGAGCUACUUUCGGAUUCCACCAGAACCUUCUGCAGCAGCUCACGUCUCGCCUCUGGGGUCGCGAAGGCAAGGUCGGGCGUCUUUUCGAUACUUUUGAGUUGCGUAAUAACUCGAAAGACCGUUACAAAGGCCGUGGGACGGCAGAGAGAUUCGGUCACAUCGGGACCUACAAACCGUAUUACGGGGACCUGGCCAGAAGGCUGGAGCUAGAAACAGUGGAUGGGGAGGGCUAG